AUGGCAGGUGCACUGCAAGCGCGCCGCGCACUGGUUGUCUACGGCUCGGAAACAGGGAACGCGCAGGAUGUGGCUGAGGAGAUGGGAAGGGUUGCUGAGCGACUGAGAUUCCACACGGAAGUCGCUGAGCUCAACGCCAUCACUCUUAGACAACUGCUGCAACACGAUGUCGUUCUCAUCGCCGUUUCCACUACGGGCCAGGGUGACCUGCCACCCAAUAGCCAGAAGUUUUGGAAAGCCAUCCGAAGUGCUCGGCUGCGACCAGGGUGCUUGAGUCAGAUGAAAUUUGCAUCCUUUGGUCUUGGUGAUACGUCCUAUCCAAAGUACAACUGGGCGCAUCGCAAGCUCUACAAUCGCCUCGUACAGCUAGGAGCGCAGCCAGUCUGCGAUCGCGGAGAGUCGGACGAGCAACAUCCAGAGGGUAUCGACGGAUCUUUCCUACCAUGGUCGACGAAACUGCGCCAACAUCUCCUUGACUCUUACCCUCUCGCUGAUGGUGUCGAGCCGAUACCGGACGAUGUUCUGCUAGACCCGAAAUGGUUGCUUGCGCCUGCCGUCGAUGAUACAACAUCUUCAUCGAACACCAAUGCUGUACCUGCAUUGAAUGGCGAUGCGACGGAUGUUCCCCCACCAGAUCUCCUGAACAUAAGUGUUGGACUGGUUGCGAAGAUUACAAGCAAUGAGAGAGUCACUCCAACAAAUCAUUGGCAGGAUGUACGGCAUAUCAAGUUCGAAAUACCAGAGACACAUCCCUACGGUCCAGGCGAUGUACUCACAAUAUACCCCAAGAACUUCCCGUCGGAUGUAUCGCAGUUCAUUGAGUGUAUGGGCUGGACUUCCGAGGCUGAUAUACCACUUCGCUUCGUACCUUCGUCGCCUUCAACGCCCACUGACACCACCUUGCCGGUCCGGACUCUGGAGCCAGGUAGUCUAAUUACCCUACGGCAGCUGCUGACUAACCAUCUCGACAUCAUCGCCAUACCACGGAGGUCAUUUUUCGCCCAGCUCGCGCACUACACGAACGACGAGUUUCACAAAGCAAGACUACUUGAGUUUACCGACCCCCAGUACCUUGACGAACUCUACGACUACACUACACGCCCGCGCCGCAGCAUAUUAGAGGUAUUACAGGAGUUUGAGUCUGUCAAAAUACCCUGGCAGCGCGUAUGCAGCAUCAUCCCUGCAUUGCGUGGUCGCCAGUUCAGCAUCGCAAGCGCAAUGAAUCCUGACGCAGAGGCGGAGAAUAGGACAAAGAUUGAGCUCUUGAUCGCGAUUGUAAAGUACAAGACUGUCAUUAAAAGAAUUAGGCAGGGUGUUGCUACGCGAUAUAUUGCUUCACUCACUCCAGGACAAGAGAUCACAGUCACUCUUUCGCGAGGCGGACUGGGUGUAGGAAGAGAGGAACUUAAUAGACCGGUCGUGAUGAUUGGACCAGGCACAGGUGUAGCUCCCAUGCGUUCUCUGAUAUACCAACGUAUACUAUGGCGCGAGGAGCAUAAGAAGCUACAAAACGGCCACGCGCAGCAAGAUGACGGAAGUGUAAAGGAUCUUCUCUUUUUCGGUUGUCGUAACGCUGAAUCAGACUACUUCUUCAAGGACGAGUGGGCGCAGCUUCAAUCCUCUGGUGUGCCCCUAGAAGUUUUCGCGGCGUUCUCCCGAGACCAGCGUCAAAAGGUUUACGUCCAAGAUGUCAUUCGGCAGCAAUCCUCCCUCGUUUUCUCUCACCUCUUCCAUAAAUCCGGCAUCCUAUACAUUUGUGGGUCAUCGGGCAAGAUGCCCCAGGCAGUGCGCGAAGCGCUCAUCGAAGCUUUUCAAGAACAUGGGAAUAUGGACAGGGAGGACGCAGAGAAUUAUCUCGUGAGUAUGGAAAAGAGUGGUAGAUAUCGCCAAGAGACGUGGUAG